GAGUUGAACAGCGACUCACGAACGACGUCGCGUUAGCAAGGCUAGAAAGCCUUUUUCAAACAAACGGGUCGACAUUUAUACUUCCUAUUGCCAGAAUUGGGACCGGGAAAAGUCCACAAAGAUCCGAAAUUCGCAUUGUCCUGCGCAAAAUACCACAAAACAACGAAAUCCGGCAAGGCAAAUCAUCGAGUCACGACAAAUCUACACCAGGUGGGUCCGUUUAAAAUAUAAACCAUGGUAUUUUUUGCUCUUUUGCAAAUCUGAAAUGCGUCAUGUAUGCUUAUUCAAACCUCUUCGCUUCAUUGCGAAAUCUGCCUAUUUUCUAACGCGAACAUUUUCAUAUUUCGUGAUCAAUAAAUCGUUUUAAGUUCCCUCGUAUUUGCUAGGUUCCUGAACGGCUUGUUUGCUGAAGAAUUUAAUGCAUUUACGAAUUUGAAUACAUAAUACGAACAAAGUUUGUCUAUUUGGCUUUCGAAAUUUAGGCUGUGUGUGUUGUCAGGGGUAUUGAAAAUACAAAUUUCGCGGUUUCGGAAACAAUUUUCGCCUAUGGGGACAAUCAAACGACUUUGGCAAACAAUACGAAACCCAUCUGCUUAAUAAAUCCGUCAUUACUCUUCCGAAAUUAGACCCAACUUGAUACGUUUUAUUAGGUUUUCAUAUUUGGGGUUUAAAACCCGUGAAAAGUAUCGCGCGUCUUCGCUUUCUACGAAAGUACCACGUUGAAAUCUAAGAAUUAGCAUUCGACUUAUGUUUUAUUCAAGAUUCUAAUAAAUGUCGCAUGGUAUAAAGUAUAUUGCAUGAUUCCCGAAAUGACCCGGGAAAAUUAAUUGUGAAUUGACGGGCUCGAAUUUCUCCGCUUGCGAAACAUUUGUUUCGUCGUUAAAAAUAGCGCAUUUUUAUCAAAUGUCGUUUCGCGGUUUUAUGCUAUAAAAUUUUAAAUUCUGCUCUUCGUGUAUUCGAUAUAAGUUAUUUAAUUCUGUGUAGUGGUAUGUGAAUUAAGUCAAGUUGCUUUAUUAGAUCAGGGAAGUAAAUAAAGUUCUCAAAGCGAUACUGAAUUCUUUGCGGGGAUUAUCGGUAUCUAAAUUAUGUUUUUAAAGAACGCAAUACGUCGAAAACAAUUAGCUUAUCAAGAUUUUACAUUCUAAAUGGCUUUGGCCGCUAUAAAUCUGCGAGUCUUCAAGUUUAAGCAAGGAAAAAGAGCUUUAAUUUAAUAUGAAAUCAUUAACAACGCGCGCGAUUUGAGCGCUGAGCGCCUGAGCUUUGAAAUCGCACAGGCAAUGCUAACUGAGUCAAUUUAGGGGCCGGUCAAUUAUUGACGAUCAUAUCCAACCAUUAAAAAGUAAAAAAAAGUUUACCCAACCUCUCAAAUAUCAAUAAAAAAAUAAAUACCCAUCCAGUGGCCAAAAACUUUACAAAAGGAUACCAUUCAGUUGUCACACAUGUCCUUUACCACUUCUGUGACAUGAGUUUGAUAACUGCUUGUGCGUUUUCUGCAGUCUAAAGUUUCAUGUUGUUUGCACAUGUACUUUCUAUGGAGACACCAUUUGACUCCUGACAAAUUGGAAAAUGAUCAAGAUAGUGACUCUGAUUGAUUUACAUAUUGUAUUGACAUAUGACUGUUGACAUUGCUUUUUAGUCUUCUAUAUUUGAGUGGGUCAUGCUUUGGAAAUGACAAUAAAUUCUUUUACCCAACCCUUGAGUUGUUUUGUUUUUCAUUUACCCAACCUUUUACUCACUCAAAAUUUUGUUUACCCAAUCCUUUUCUCUUCGGUACCACCCCCCCACCAUAAAUAAUGACCAGUCCCUUUUAGGUUUGUCAAAGACAUGCUAGAAAACGCCAAUUAAAACGUUAGCAAACUUGUGAUUUGCUGAAAUGAAAGAAAAUGUCGACCUCGGCAGGAAAACGCAAAGAACACGAGCAUGUGAUGCAAAAGGAUAACCAAGACAUUGGGGACAAUAAAGAACUUUUGCCUUCAAUGGGGAAAUUAUCCCUAAACGUCAAAGCUGUCCCGUAUAUUCCCAAACAAGACGGAGGUUCGCGAAGUCACCUGGGAAGUGAAGCAAACGGAGAGACUGGGCCCGAGAGAAAUGGAAACUCUACUGCAGAACAUGAGCCAGUGAGAUUUUGUUUAUUUUAUUGUGUUAUACCGGUUUGUCUAGUUUGACAAGUUUAUCUUGUUUGACUGGUUUUACUAGUUCAACUAAACACGCAAAAACGCGCAAGUUGUUACGGAUCUGCAAACAAGUUGUAACACUGAGGUUGUUGUCCAGCCGAUAUCAAGACGUGUUCGUACUGCUUGUUCGCAGUUGUUGUGACAAGUCUGGAACAAGUUGAACAAACAUUAUCACCUUGUUACAAGGUUGAUGACAGUAACAGACUUGCUACAAGUUGUUCCAACAAGACUAAUACGGGCUUGUUGAGUUGUUGUGUUAUCAAUUUGUGUUAACAGCAGACUUGUAGCAAUGCUGUUUCAACAACUUGUCAACAGGAUGUGUUUGUACUGCUUGUGUCAAGCUUGUUGACAAGUUACUACAAGGUUGUUGAGCUCAACAGACUUGUUACAAGUUGUUUCAACAACUUGUUAUCGUCCUGCAAAUUCUGCAAUUCAACAAUUUGUCAACAAGUUGUGCGUGACAACCUUGCAGCAACUUGAUAAAAUAAUAGCACUGUUGCAACUUGUUGACAAGCUUGCUACAAGUCUGUCGCGAACACAUCUUGUUGACAAGUUGUGAGUGACAACCUUGUAGCAAUUUGAUAAAAUAAAAGCAUUAUUACAACUUGUUGACAAGCUUGCUACAAGCCUGUUGUGAACACAUCUUGUUGACAAGUUGCGAAAUUUUUACGUGUAUGGUAUUUGAAAUAUCCCUUCAAAAACUUUUGCUUCAGCUUUCGCCGGAAAAGCAAAACGGGCACGAAACAGAAGACGAUUUGCGGGCUCAAGUAGCGGGAUUGAAGCAAGGCUUGAAGCAAUACGAGGAUAUGAUUGGCCAAUACCAAGUCAGCGAACAAACGAGAAAGCGCGAAGUGGACUCGGCACUAAUCACGGCUAGGGAAGUGGUCGAACGUGAACGGCGGGAAAAAUUGGACGUUCUUUCUGAUCGCAAAUCCAGAGAGGAACGGUUCGAGCAGUUAUCGAAAACUACGAGUUUGUUACAGGUAGGCCUCGGUAAAUUGUCUUCAAAAGGCUAUUUUUUUCUCGUAUUUGCGAUGGAAAGUUUUCAAAUCUAAAAUCUUUGUGGCGUUUCUCUCGACAUUACUUUGUUUCAGCUUUAUUUUGUAUCGGGUGUCCCAAAAAAAACUGCGCACUGUUGGAUUUCAUGUAACGUGAAAGCUAUAAAAGCUAUCGCAAUGAAAUAAAUAUCAUUGCGUUCAGAAAUGACUAACUUAGAUUUUGAUAUGUAACAUUUACAGCAAUAUUGAGCGAGAUACAAUCAAAAUAAAAAUAUUUAUUAUUUAACAAGUAUAACUACAUCGGUAAUUAUAAGGGUGUUUUAUGCUAAUUUUUGGCAUUUUCAAAACAGUAGUUCAACGUUUAAACAUCAAUAGCGCAGUCAAUAUUGCAUGUAAAUUCAAGUGUUAUAUAUCACAAUCUAAGUUUGUUCGUUCGGAAUGCAAUGAUCUUCAUUUCAUUGCGAUAACUUUUAUAGCUUUUACGUUACAUGAAAUCAACAGUGUCCAGUUUUUUGGGGGACACCCAGUAGUUUACACAGUUAGCAACAUUUUUAAAUGUACAGUAUCUGGCUGUUGACAAACAUAAAAUAGUGUUUUGUAUUCGCAUGAAACCUACACUUUUUCGUAGAGCGAAAAUGAAGAGCUUUUAAAGUUGAAAAGACAACAAGACGAGAAACUGGCUGAGCUGACAAGACUUAAAACUCUUAUUCAGGAAAAUGGAUUUCCAAACAUCGAGCAGUUUUUGAUAUUACAACGACAGGUAAAGAGAGAGAAUAUUAGAAUUAUAGUAAAAAAGCUAGCCGUGCUUAGCUUUCUGCAUAACGUCACAAACACAAACAGGUCAAAACACUGGAUGGCAUGGAGGACAGUGAGAUUUUCAAAACAAUGAAAAGACAAUAUAGAACAUUUUAAGCAUUGGAUCACGACUGCAUGGCAUGGAGGACAGUGGGAUUUUCAAAACAAUGAAAGACUAUGGACAUUAUGAUUAUUGGAUCAUCACUGGAUGGCAUGGAGAACAAUGGAAUUUUCAAAACAAUGAAAAAACAAUAUAAAACAUUUUAUCACUGGAUCACGACUGCAUGGCAUGGAGAACAGUGGGAUUUUCAAAACAAUGAAAAGACUAUGGAUCAUUAUGAUUAUUGGAUCAUCACUGGAUGGCAUGGAGAACAGUGGGAUUUUCAAAACAAUGAAAAGAUAAUAUAGAACAUUUUGAUGACUGGAUCACGACUGGGUGACAUGGAUAACUGUGGGAUUUUCAAAACAAUGAAAAGACAAUGCACCAUUCUGGUUACUGGCCGGAAUCAUAACUGGAAGGCAGUAUUUUCUUGUGCAAAAAGCAUUUCACAAGGAAUAAUGAAUUCUGUUUUUUCUUUUUUUUCCUAAGUUGGAUAGUUUGCGAGAAGAAUUCUUCGCGGAGCGCAAGGAAAGGGAACGCCUUCAAGCGCAAAAAGAUAAAAUGAAGAGAGAGCUGGAAGCUUCCCAAUCAAGAAUUGCUUCCCUACAGGAACAGGUAAUGGCCGGAUUUUACUAGAUACUCCUGAUCGUGGAUCAAGACACAUCGUGUCAUCAUCAGUCUGAUGGAAAUCCCGUCUUAGUGUCGCAGUCCCCCCCCCCCCUGCGUACGGCCUGGCGCCCACAGUUGCAUUUUUCGCAACUGCUCCUGGUUAAGCCGGUUUUCCACUAGCGAUUUUUUUCGCGCGAAGCGAAUUUUUAUUGUUAAAAUUGAAAAGAAUUUAUCAAAAGUCUAAUUAGUUCCAGCCGAGAGGUUAUAAGCCAAAAGAUUCGCACGAUAAAUUUCGCUAGUGGAAAACCGGCUUUAGCCGUUGCAAAUUAAAAAUAUAUACAAAUUUGCUUUCGAAUAUUCCAUCUAUUAAAUACCGUCUGCUAUUAGUUCUAUCGAACGAGAUGGCCAAAAAUUUCUACGGGCAUCACCUAUUAUCGUUUCUUUGCCAUUUUUCAUUCAGGUGUACAAAUAUCGUGAGCAUAUAUACUUUCUUCAAAACAAGUUCAAACAGUCAUCGCCAUUUCGACCUCUACCUGGUCACGAUUCUGGUAGCAAUCGACCAAUCAGCGCAAGCGAAGCGUGCAAGUUAUACGGCCCGAAUGCAACGCAAUAUAUUAACCAUAGCAUUGCAUCAUCAAUGAAUCCUGUCAGCCCUGGCGCGCCCACUGGUGAUCAGAAAUUUUCAAGUCGAAAUGAAAAGAAAGCGUUUAGUGGUGGUCGUCAGUGGCAGGUAUGUUAUGGUAUGGUAUGAUAGGGUGUGGGGUGGUAUGACGUGCUAUGAUAUGGGAUGGAAUAUUUCAAGUCCGACUAUGAGGACUGGACUAGAUUUCAAGUCUGCCGAGGCGAGGUCGAGGACUGGAUCAAAAUGCGAGGACUUGAAAUCUAUUCCAGUCCGAAUUGGAGGAUUUGAAAUGACAUCUCAUACGAAUAAAUCACUACAUAAAGCGAGGUGAAUUCAUUUUGAUUCAGUCUUAGGACUGGAUCAAUAUACUUCACCAGGUAUCCAGUAUUAUUAUGUGAGUAAAAUAAAGCAAUGUGCUUGGCUAAUUUACUCGUAACUAUUAAUGACUUUGAGAUGGUAUGGUAUGGUAUGGUAUGGUAUGGUAUGGUAAUGGUAUGGUAAUGGUAUGGUAAUGGUAAUGGUAAUGGUAUGGGUAUGGUAAUAAUGGUAAUGGUAUGGUAAUGGUAUGGUAAUGGUAUGGUAAUGGUAUGGUAAUGGUAUGGUAAUGGUAUGGUAAUGGUAUGGUAAUGUAUGGUAAUGGUAUGGUAAUGGCAUGGUAAUGGCAUGGUAAUGGUAUGGUAAUGGUAUGGUAAUGGUAUGGUAAUGGUAUGGUAAUGUAUGGUAAUGGUAUGGUAAUGGUAUGGUAAUGGUAUGGUAUGGUAUGGUAAUGGUAUGGUAUUGUAUGGUAUGGUGUAGUUUAUUUGCCACUAAUGACAAGACUAUAAUAUCAAUAGCAACGAUAGAUAACAAGACAGAUGGUACUUAAAGCUUAUAGUUUUUAGGUAGUUGUAUCUCUCUUGCAAAGACAAGACAAGACUAGUACUAUACGUACUGUACAUAUAAUGAAAAGAAUCAUUACUGUCAAAUUAAAAAACAAACAAACACGUGUCUAUUUCUUAGGAUAACAGAAUGCCCCGGCCAAUGACCGCUGGUGAUGACGGCUGGCGCAGAAACCAACAGCAACCAAAUCGUAAUAACAAUGGUUACUAUAACAACAACAUGCACCGAAUGACGUCAUCAAGCAGUGCACCGUCGCUGGCUGCCAUGGCAACAGAUCAACCCGGUGACGUAGCAUCUUACGACAAGCAGUAUGUAAAGUCAGGCGGCUUUAAUCGCAGAUCACGUUCGUCACUUGCGGAAGACGCCAGCAAGGAUUAUGGGUAGGUGAAGGUUAUAACUAAAUUGGUACUCAGGCUCUUUGCUCCGUUACAUGUAAAAUGAGAAUUAUAAUGCUCAAUGCAGACACUAGCCCGCGUGCAGGCCCAAGGUUCGGGCCUGCACGCAGGCUAUGCAGACACUAGUAUCCCAAAGGUCGCGGGUUCAAUUCCCACCGUGGUCAGGCUAACUUUUCAGCCUGUGUGUGUGGCUCAUUAUAAACUCAGAGUAACAUCAAAAACAUUAUAUUCACCUGAGUACAUAAGAAACCAGACAAAAACAUAGAUAAUAAAGUCUAUGUCUCCAUCGAGUUCCCUAACAUUCUUAUUCUACUGACUAUGGUUAAAGACCAUGUCAAGUCCGUUCUGCGCAUCAGUUCUGCUCAUAACAAUGGGGGACCCAUAGAUAUAAACAUUGCCAAAAUUUUGCAUCUUUCGAACUUUUUUCAAUUGAAACGUACUCUAGUUUAUAUUCAUUUACAAUAGCGAACCAGAAAAGUGUUAGAUAUUUAGUUAGUAUGUCUUAUUUUACACAUAUAUAGCAGUUCAAAAUGUAAACAAACAAUUUGUUUACAUUACGGACUUGACAUGGUCUUUAAACCUGACCCUCGUAUUAUAUAAAUUGCAGAAUGCCGUUGUCAGAUUGGUCGAAGCAAAACAAACAAGGCAAACGUUUCCCCUCCCCCCUUCCCAGCCCCACGCUCUUCCACUCUCCUGGAACCGAACUAUGGUCACCUCAACAACCCCCCGGUUUCCAGAAAGGUUGGCCAGGGGGGCAGGACGAAAUUUUCCGAUUUCCGCCAUCACCAUUGACCACGCCCACGUCCAAGUCAUCGUUUGACGUCUGGCCCAGUCCCUCACCACUCGUCGCGGACGACAAAGUGUUCUCGCCUCAGACCCCCACCAGCACCGUCGACGAUAACAUCUUACUUCCUUUGUCAAUUCCAACAAGUGGAAGCACUGGUGAUCCGAAUUUUGGUCGUUUCCCCCCCGGGUACGCAUCGAGCAACGGUAAAGUGUUUGUAUGUUAUAAUUGCGGUAGAAAUUUUAAUGACAACGAAGCUCACAAAAAUCACGUGGAAAGUUGUGGCUUGUAAUUGUGUUUCUCCAUAGUUGGUCGAGACAUGGUCUGGGAACUGGGGGUGUUAUUGCCCGGCCAUCCGGUCGUACAUCCAAAAUUUCUCUAUUUUUAGGGUUUGCAAAACGCUCUUUCAAGCAUCUUAGACUAGACACGUUUUAUGAUAAUCUGAAUGCCACAGAUUUGGUAUAUUUUAUAUCAUAGUCAAGAGAUCAAGAUGUUACCGUCAGUUUCUCCUCAAUUUUGAAAGAAUUGCAAAUUGUUCCUGAGGAAAAGUGGGCAAAGACGGCCCCCCCCCUCUCAUUCCACCCGUUGGCUACGCCUCUUCAACAGUGCACAAAUUUCAACAGUGUUCACCCCCUUUCCGAGUUGCCAGGCUACGUAUUGAUUAACUAUGGUUUGUCGAAAGCAUUCUUCGACAAAAAGGGCACAAAUUAACGUGAUUAAAAAAUAUAAUAGCUGUGAUAUAUUCCACCGGAUUUGCUCUGGUUUUAAACGCAAACAGGGGAUUGACAGUAUCCCUAAGUUUCGAUUUUAAUUUUUAUAUAUAUUUAUGCAUGAAAUGCUAUUUGUAAAUUGUUGAAGCCCAGUAAUUAUUGGCCAUAUAACCAUAUCGUUCUUAAUGCAAAUUAUCGAUCUAUAUAUAGGCUAGCUGAAGCGUAUUUAUAAUAUUUGGUGAAUCGUUAGUCCUAUAAACGCACGCAGAAUUGCUCGUCAAGUGUUAAGCCUGGGUUAUGUGAUCUUAAGGAUAUUGCACAUGUAAAUUCUAAGUUUCGAAAGAUUUGUAAGAAAAGAUUUAGAGAACUGACUUAGUGUUUAACAAUGAGUUAACUUUGAGUGUAUGCACUUUCGCGCAUUCAAAAUUUCAUUAUGGGUGCAUAAAGGUGCAAAUUCUAAUUUUAAAGGUGUUCAAAAAAUGCAAAGGCGCAUGCGUGAUUGGCAUAUAUGGGACUAAUGAUUUCACAGGCAUUCUAAUCAAUCUGAUGUUUCGUAUAAAAAAAGUUAAAUUGGUUUGUGAUGAACUUUUAAUAACGGAAAUCAUGUCUUAUUGUAUUUACAUGGCAUAUUUCGACUUAUGAUAAAUAUACUAGUAUCAUAGUCUAAAUUGUGCUAUAUGGCACUAUGCAUCGAAUUAUUUUGUCAAUUAAAAUCAUUUUUAAACUUAUUUACAUAGAAUCACUAAGUACGAUAAUAUUAAUAAUUUUAAAAUAGGUUAUUUAUAGCGUGAAAUGGGAUUUUGUAGAAUUAUUUGGCAACACGUUUUUUUAUCUUAACGAGUAAUAUAUUGCUUUGCUUGUUUUAGUUGUAAACACGAAAUGUAUUUAAAAAUAUUUUAUGUAGAUUGGUAGAGAAUUUUAUUGUGAUAUUUGUAUAGCAUGAGUAGUUCUUUUCGAAAUUAUAUUUAGAAAACAUAGUUGGUAUAAUAUAUCUGAACAAUAAAAUGGUUGAAUGAAAAGUUCAUUUAUACUUUCAGUGUUUUCCAUUUAUUUUAACUUAGAAAUACGAGUAGGUUGGAAUUUAAUAACCCUUUAAGUGACAAUGCGUCCAUAUGCGCCCUACUUUAUUAUUUUACUUUGUUUAAUGCCAGACGAUUUUAAUUACUCGUUGGGGGAGAGUGCUGCCCCUCAAUGGGUUAAUCAGACUAUCUAUAUAUCUGUGCACCCUGUUGACCCUUUAAGUGACAAUGCGCCAAGAUGCGCCCUACUUUAUUAUUUUACUCUGCCUAAUGCCAGACGAUUUUACGGGCUAAAUGAGCACCAGCGCCCUCCCUUUGACAAGUAAGAUUGCAUGUUUACAUUAGACAGAGUAAAAUUGUCUGACAAUAGACAGAGUAAAAUUGUCUGGUGUUAGACAGAGUAAAAUUGUCUGGCAUUAGAUAGAGUAAAAUUGUCUGACAAUAGACAGAGUAAAAUUGUCUGACAAUAGACAGAGUAAAAUUGUCUGGUGUUAGACAGAGUAAAAUUAUCUGGCAUUAGACAAAGUAAAAUUGUCUGGCAUUAGACAGAGUAAAAUUAUCUGGCAUUAGACAAAGUAAAAUUGUCUGGCAUUAGACAGAGUAAAAUAGUCUGGCAUUAGACAGAGUAAAAUUGUCUGGCAUUAGACAGAGUAAAAUUGUCUGGCAUUAGACAGAGUAAAAUUGUCUGGCAUUGGACAGAGUAAAAUUGUCUGGCAUUAGACAGAGUAAAAUAGUCUGGCAUUAGACAGAGUAAGAUUGUCUGACAAUAGACAGAGUAAAAUUGUCUGGCAUUAGACAGAGUAAAAUUGUCUGGUGUUAAUCAGAGUAAAAUAGACCUUUUUAAAAAGCCUGCCUUAUUAUGACAUAGUUUGCAGAUAAAGGAAAACCCCCGAACAGCCAUUUGGCUUGCGUGAUUGGCCAAAUGAUCGUAUUUAUCCGCAAACUAUGUCACAAGGCAGACUUUUUAAAAAGGUCAUUGCCUGGACUAGACAGCAUGAGUAAAAUUGUCUGGCAUAUUAGAAAUGUGAAAUUGUCUGGUGUUAGACAGAGGGAGUAGAAUCAUCAGGUGUUAGACAGAGUAAAAUAAUAAAAUAAUAAAGUAAAGACAGAGUAAAAUAAAAGUUAUUGGAGAGAUAAAUUUCUUAAUCAGUGUGAACAAGCUUUUGUUUCAUCCUUAUAUUUUCGGGUAGCUGCAUCACUACCAACAAAAGCUUGUUCAUAUUAUUGGCACUACCUACCCUGGCACAGACAGUUCAAGAUUAAUGCACAGUAUGCCCAUUCGCAGGUUAGAUAUUGAAAUUUAAGAUUUUGAAGUCUGCCAAACUUUUAAACAGUCCUACGGAGGAGGUAACUGUGUUCUGGCACUUGUGGUUAAUACCUUAUGCUUUCUCACAUGGAUGUAAAAUAUUAGAUAGGAGAUGAAAAUGCCUAUUCCCCUGCUUCUGGAUGUUGUGGACUAUUUACCUGUACCUUUGACUGCACAAACUUUCGCAGUUCCUCUGCAUGGCGUUCUAGGAUAACUUGAGUACUUUUAUCUUUCAGGAGGUGUUUUUGAGCUCCAUUAAGAUGCAUCACAUUUGUCUUUAUGUCGUUUGAAGCACGCUGACAACAACAAAUUAUAACUUUUUCCUUUAAAAUAGCUGGUGAAUUAACAAUAUUCUUAACAGAUUGAGCAAAUUGUUGUAGAGAAAGCGUGGAAUCUUUCAACAGUUUAAACAUUAUCAUUCUUAUCAAAUGCAAUAAAUCAUCUGCCAGAUGCGAACCAUAAGAUUGUUUCCAAAGUGUGUUUAUUUCCUCCGAUAUUUUCACAUUCGUCAGUUUGUCAAUUUCCCCCAUUUCAACAGCAACCUCAAGAUUUUUAAUAUGUGAAAUUGUGCAAGUGAGAUUGCAAAUCAUUUUACCAUUUUCAUAUUUGAAGGAUUCGAUGUAUGGGAUUGCAUUCUCAAUUGCUUCACGGCCAGGAUAAGGUAUCAGUCCUUCAUUUGCACUGGGUUGUCCCGUCAUUUCAAUAUCGACUGCAUUUGAUGGCCCUGGUGUAGAAGCUAAUCUCUCAGUUUCAGGUUCAUCAGCCUGUUCAUGUGCAAUGACACAGCUGCAAUGACAGCAUCUUGAGACACGUGUUUGACAACACCAUUGCACACAUCCAGGGGAACGAUCUUCUUGAGCUGGAGUAUCACCAAAGUAUUUUAAAACAAUUUGAAUAAGCUCUUGUCUGGUUUUUGUCACAAAAGGAUAGAUGGUUUUACCCAUUUCAAUAAUUUCGGUGGAAAAUUUUAACCUAAUAAUAUCUGGGCAUCCUUUAUCAAUGACAGACAACUGAAUGGCAAAGUUUUUGAUAAACGUCAUUAUUUUGUUAACAUCAAGCAUUACUUUUUUCCUUGCAGAACAAAUACCCACAUACAGUAGUUGAUCAGGGGUUUCAUCAAAUUUAUUGCAAUUGUCGUCGUGACACAUGUACAGUAAAACAUCAAAUUCAGUAAAAGUACGUGAUCCUGUGUUUGUAAUUUUCCUUUCCUUAAGAUCAUCUACAGAUUUCUUGAGUUCUUGGAAUAUUUCUUCCACUUCGUCAUAAUUUUCGCUGAGUAUCGCUAUGAUCUGUUUUGUAUCGGCCUUUUGUCUUUCUGCCUCUUCUUUUCGUCUGUCUUCCUUCUUGUCUUUAUUCCUAUUGCUUCGCUCCCACCAGACCCAAACGAAAACGGCAAAUAAGGUUUGAAUCAAUGUGCAAAUUACAUAUACGUAGUCUCUCGUUUUGGUGAGAUCAUCCGCCAUUUUGUUAAAAUAGAUAUAUUCAUAUAUACUUGUUGAGUUCGUUGUAGUUGUCAUUAUUAUAUUAGCCUAUAUAAUUUAUAUCAUUCUUUAUUACAAGAGAUACACACUCUGUGGAAGCAUACAAGAACUAAGUAGUGAUGGGCGACACUAUCGAAAAAUAACAAUACUCGUUAUAUAUCGAAAAAUAACAAUACUCGAUAACAAUACUCGUAAUUUAAAAUUCCAGCUGCUCAAAAUAAACAGGGUCAAAGACAAAGGUUCGCACGCGGCCUCGGUUAUUAACCUGGGGCCGGUUGUAUAAAAACGUAGUUAACGCUAACUGUAGUUAGCGUUAAUCACUGUAGUUAAAUCCUUAACUGUAAUUAGUUAACUACAUGACUUAACUGCGUUGCACAAAACGUA